AUGGUAGACAACGGUAGAUACACGGACGGGAGUGUCUGGUUUUAUGACCCAAACAAGAUCGCGCCAAUCGUCUUUGCCGCCAUCUUUGGUGCUUCAGGACUUGCCUAUGCCUGGCAAUGCUACCGUUAUAGAUGCUGGAAGCUCACAGGGUGGGGCGUAGCCGGCGCCGCGGUUUACUGUGCCAGCUUCAUCGCUCGUGCUAUGGGCGCUGCAGACUACAAGAAUCUGAUCAUAUACGUCGUACACUUUAACAUUGUAUAUGCCGCGCCGCCCUUAUUCGAGAUGCUCAACUACAGCAUCCUAGCCCGUGUAGCCUACUACCUCCCAUACCACUGCCCGAUCCACCCAGGACGUCUCAAGACCACUUUCGUAACGCUCGCUACCAUCAUCGAGGUCCUUGGUGGUUACGGUGCCUACUACACCUCCAAGCGGAAUGAGCCUGAGAGUGAACGAGCCAUUGGGCGCGGGUGCCUCGCAGCGUCCCUGUUUCUUCAGAUCGUUGUCCUUGUCGUCUACGUCGCGCUGGCGGCUGUCUUUCACAUCCGUGCCCGUCGUACCCGUAGCGCGCGUGGCUCCGGUACCAACAUUAUACUAUGGACACUUUACCUCAGCUCCCUUCUGAUUCUUGCCCGCACCAUUUUCCGCGUUGUUGAGUUCUUCGGCCUUGACGCUUUCCGCCCUGAAAAGCCUGGAUUCAACCCAUUGUCCGUCCCGCGCGUCGUCCGUUACGAGUGGCACUUCUAUGUGUUUGAGGCAUCCAUCAUGCUCUGCAAUCAGCUCCUACUCCAGGGGUUCCACCCACGCAUGUACCUCCCUGAGGGCAACGCUGUAUACUUGGCCCAGGAUGGCGUGACAGAGCUUGAGGGACCUGGGUUCAAGGACCAGCGUCCCUGGCUCCUCAUUCUCAUGGACCCGCUUGACUUCAUUGGUAUGAUCAAGGGAACCAACAGGUCGACGAAGUUCUGGGAGGACAACGGCUUCAGUGAGCUGAGCGAGCCCAACUCGGAGACGGGUAGUCGCGUCCAGCAUCACGACAGACGCAAGCGUUGA